AGGCGAGGGAUCCCCUCGUCGAUCCCCGGAGUCCGACGCGAGCGCGUGCGCGGGCCGCGGAGCGGGGCCGGGCCGGGCGCCCCCUGCAGACCCGCGGCUCGCCGCCCUCCGCCCGGCAGCCACCAUGCCCUUACCCGCGCCCGGCUCCCCGCGCCGGGACCGCGCCUGACCGCCUCCGCGCGACGGCCGCGCCCGAGAUGUGUGACGGGCGCCGAGUGGCCUCCACCCUCCGCUACUGCAUGACGGUCGGCGGCACGGUGCUUCUGGUGGCCGGCACACUCUGCUUCGCCUGGUGGAGUGAAGGGGAUCCAGGUGCCCAGCCCGGCCAGCCGGCCCCACCCACUGGGCGCCCUGUGCCCGAGGCCCCCGGGCCCCUGCUCAGGUCGGUCAGCUUCUUCUGCUGUGGCGCAGGCGGCCUGCUGCUACUCUUCGGCCUGCUGUGGUCCGUCAAGGCCGGCACCCGGGGGCCUCAAUGGGACCUGUAUCGCCUCUCCAGAGACCUGUACCACCUCACUGUGGAGCCCUCGGAGAAGGAGAGCUACAGGACCCCAGAGCUGGUGGCCAUUCCCACUUACGAGGAGGCCGUGCGCUGCUUGCUGGCUAGGGGGCCCCCGACGCCGCCGUACCCCCGGGAGGAAGGCCUGUGGGGGACCCGGCCCUCCUCGCCUCCACCCAGCUACGAGAGCAUCGUCUUCGCUGCUGACGCCACCUCUGGAGAGACAGUCCCGGGGGCUGCCGGCCCCUGCCCAGGCCGGGCUCAGACCGCGGGGGACGUUAAAGGCUCCUGGCAGGCUGCAAAGCCAGGAACAAACGCUGAGCUGCUUCUAGUGUCUGGUACAGAGCCUCGUACACAGUAGGCACUCAACACAUGUUUGUUGCUGAAUGCCGUUAUAUUUACCUAGUGCUAUAAAACAAACAGCUUAAAAUAAAUCCAUGUCAUCAUCUGGGUUG